GACUCACUGCAAUGUCUUUAACAGGAAGUCUAGCAGAGACAGUCGAGGCCAGGACAGUAACCACGUCUCUCCAACCGAGGAUUAUAACUUAUAUAUGGUUCACUAGCUGUUAGACAGAACAAUCUAAAUGUAUUGCUCAUCUUUCUACAUCUGAAAGACUCUGUGGUGAAUUCAAUUUGGUUUUAGCAUCAAGCUCAACCACAGGAAAUAGGACGAGUGUCACCAACAACUGUAGCAGCACUGGCUGAUAAAGGAGGCAGGAAGCCAUAAUGGCGACACUUAGAGAGGAGCUCUUGAAUAUUCUGCGGGAUUUAAAUGAGAAACAGUUUAAGCAUUUCAAAUUUUACCUGAGAGACGAUGGCAUCCUGGAAGGCUUUACAAGCAUCCCACUGGCUGACCUGGACAAUGCAGACAGGCCGGACACGGUGGACCUAAUGAUAAAUAAAUAUCGAGAUCGUGGAGCUCUGAAGGUAACCUUGAAGGUUUUACAGAAGAUCAGCAGGAAUGAUCUGGUGGAGCGUUUGCAAAACUUCAGACCGAAAGUCACAGAAACUAAAGAACCCUCAACAACCACCCAUCCACUGGCUCUCGCUCUGGGCGACUUUGUUGAAGAACAAAGUCUCGAUCCUUUUGAGUUGGCUUUCAUGGCUGGCACUGUUUUUAAAGACUUCAACCCAUUGCAUGUUGGUGCUCACACAGAAAGAUCUAACAGAAAGAAGGCCAGACCAUUAAGGUGGGUCCAGCAGUUUGCAGUGGAAGUGACUCUGGAUCACGAUACAGCACACCCCAAUCUUAUCGUGUCUGAUGAUGGGAAACAAGUACAUCAUGGUGAUGUCAGGAAGAAACUACCAAACACCCCUGAGAGAUUUUACAGAUGUGUAAAUGUUUUAGGAAAGCAGAGUUUCUCCUCUGAAAGAUUUUACUUUGAGGUUCAGGUGAAAGGGAAGAGGGCCUGGACUGUGGGAGUGGCCAAAGAGUCUAUCAAAAGGAGGGGAAUGAUCACACUCAGUCCUGAAAAUGGUUUCUGGACCAUGGAUUUGAGUGAUGGAGAUGAAUACAAAGCUAUUGAUGACCUAGUAGCUCAUCUCUCUUUGAAGUCUAAUCCAGAGAGGGUAGGAGUGUUUGUUGAUUAUGAGGAGGGUCUGGUCUCCUUUUACGAUGUAGAAGCUGCUGAUCAUCUCUACACUUUCACUGACUGCUCCUUCACUGAGAAACUCUACCCAUUCUUUAGUCCCUGCACUAAUGACAAAGGUAGAAACUCUGCCCCCCUCAUCAUUUCUCCUGUCAAACACAAUGAAGCAUAUCAAAGAAAGAAGGCUGAGCUGCAGAGUGUCCAGCAGUUUGCAGUGGAGGUGACUCUGGAUACUGAUACAGCACAUCCUGCUCUCAUCCUUUCUGAUGAUGGAAAACAAGUACGUUGUGGUGAUGUAUGUAAGAAACUCCCAGACAGCCGUGAGAGAUUCAAUAAUUGUGUUAAUGUCUUAGGAAAGCAGAGUUUUUCAUCAGGAAGAUUUUACUUUGAGGUUCAGGUUAAAGAGAAGACUGCGUGGACUGUGGGAGUGGCCAAAGAGUCUAUCAAAAGGAGGGGAAUGAUCACACUCAAUCCUGAAAAUGGUUUCUGGACCAUGGAUUUGAAUGAUGGAGAUGAAUACAAAGCUAUUGAUGACUUAGUAGCUCAUCUCUCUUUGAAGUCUAAUCCAGAGAGGGUAGGAGUGUUUGUUGAUUAUGACGAGGGUCUGGUCUCCUUUUACGAUGUAGAAGCUGCUGAUCUUCUUUACACCUUCACUGGCUGCUCCUUCACUGAGAAACUAUACCCAUUCUUUAGUCCCUGCACUAAUGACAAAGGUAGAAACUCAGCCCCCUUGAUCAUAUGUCCUGUCAAACACAAUGAAGAAUAUGAAAGAAAGAAGGCUGAGCUGCAGAGUGUCCUGCAGUUUGCAGUGGAUGUGACUCUGGAUACUGAUACAGCACAUCCCAGUCUCAUCCUGUCUGACGAUGGAAAACAAGUACAUCAUGGUGAUGUGAGGAAGAAUCUCCCAGACAGCCGUGAGAGAUUCAACAGUUGUGUUAAUGUCUUAGGAAAAGAGAGUUUUUCAUCAGGAAGAUUUUACUUUGAGGUUCAGGUUAAAGGGAAGACAACCUGGACUGUAGGAGUGGCCAAAGAGUCAAUUGACAGGAAUGGGGAUAUCACACUGGGUCCAAAAUACGGAUUCUGGACUGUAGGGUUAAGAAAUGGAGAUGAGUACAAGGCGAUUGCUUCUCCUUCAGUUAAUCUCUCUUUGAAUCAGCGUCCUCAGAAGGUUGGGGUGUUUGUUGAUUAUGAUGAGGGACAGGUCUCCUUUUACGAUGUAGAAGCUGCAGAUCUUCUUUACACCUUCACUGACUGCUCCUUCACUGAGAAACUCUACCCAUUCUUCAGUCCCUGCACUAAUGACAAAGGUAGAAACUCUGCCCCCCUCAUCAUUUCUCCUGUCAAACAUGAUGAAGUAUAUCAAAGAAAGAAAGCUGAGCUGCAGAGUGUCCAGCAGUUUGCAGUGGAUGUGACUCUGGAUACUGAUACAGCACAUCCCAGUCUCAUCCUGUCUGAUGAUGGAAAACAAGUACAUGAUGUUGAUGUGAGGAAGAACCUCCCAGACAGCCCUAAGAGAUUUGAUCGUUGUGUUAAUGUCUUAGGAAAGCAGAGUUUUUCAUCAGGAAGAUUUUACUUUGAGGUACAGGUUAAAGGGAAGACAGACUGGACUGUAGGAGUGGCCAAAGAGUCAAUUGACAGGAAGGGAAAGAUCACACUUAGUCCUGAAGAUGGAUUCUGGACUGUAUGGUUAAGAAAUGGAGAUGAGUAUGAGGCAAUUGAUUCCCCUUCAGUUAAUCUCUCUCUGAAUCAUCGUCCUCAGAAGGUGGGGGUGUUUGUGAAUUAUGAAGAUGGUCUUGUUUGCUUUUAUGAUGCAGAAACUGCAGAUCUUCUCUACGCCUUUACUGACUGCUCCUUUACUGAGAAACUCUACCCAUACUUUAGUCCCUGUAGUAAUGACAACGGUAGAAACUCUGCCCCCUUGAUCAUAUCUCCUGUCAAUUGCAACAAUUAGAUUACUCCUGCUGUCCUUUAUAGGCCUCAACACCCACAGAGCUGUUUUGUAUUAUUCCGGUUGAGUUGUGACAAAACCUAACACACAGUGCCAGUAAGAAUAAUAAAAGUCUGUAUUGACUCACCUUAAAGUACUAAGUGGUUUUUAACUGCUCAUGGUGCUAUAGCUUUAUGAGUGGGUCACACUUUGGUUUGUAUUUUGUAUUCAGUUGGCACAUCAAAAACUCUGAGUGUACAAUGAGUGUGAAGAGCUUUUACAAUGGAACCUGCUGUACUGACUUUGUAUUUCAAACUCUACAGAAUUUUGUUAUUGCUUCAUUUGUUUAUUUUUAUUUUUGAUAUGUUUCAUUGCUACGUUUAUCUUUUAUUGUUUAUACUUGUCAAAUGUGGACACAAAUGAAUAUUGAAUGAAAAUUGAUUGACUGAUUGAUUGAAUGAAUAUAUGAACUGAUGGAAAGGUUUGUUUACUUAUCAAGAAAACAAGCUUUUGUUUUGGAAAAAUUCAUAUUUUUCAAGGUUAAUUUUUGUAUUGUAAUCUAAUGCUCUCAAAUGGAAAAAUUAAAGGAAAUGUUUGACUUGACAUUUGACUUACAUGAAACAUUGUCAUUAAUAAACUUUGAAGUAUAAAAUAAAGUGGCACUUAAUGAUCAGUGUUUUUGUUGCAUUAUGAAAAAAUUACAACUGACAAACUUCAGGAACUUUUCUUCCAAAC